AUGGCGAUGGACCUCUCCCAGAUAUGUCUCUUGGCCGAAAUUCGCGAGCAAGGGAUCUGCGCCAGUCACGGAGCCGCGCCAAAGGCGGUCAGCAACCCCCAAAUUCUUCCCGCUGCAUCUCCAGCUGCAUCGGCCGCUUUGGUUUCUUUUGUGCUGCUCAACCUGCCCAUUAUAUUCCCAAUGGCAGGCCUACAGUCCAGAUCGGCUUUGGCCGCUCCCUUCUCCCUCACUGCGGCAUUCCGCGCCCUAUCCGUCUCGACUCCCAAGCGUGCCUUCUCUACAACGUCGGCACCGCAAUCCGAAAAGAAACUCCCCGAGGACGUACCAUCUUAUCCCUACGGUCCUCGACAAUGGUACAAGCAAGCCGACACCGGUCUCUACGGAGGUGCCAUGAUUCGAUUCGGUAACAAGAUCUCCAAGGGUCGCAACGAGGGCAAGACACGACGAAGCUGGAAGCCCAACGUCCGCCGCAAGAAGAUGUGGAGCGAGGCGCUCCAAGAACACCUCUUUAUCAAGGUUACACGCCGGGCACUACGAACAAUUAUGAACGAGGGUGGUCUCGACAAGUACCUCUUGUCCGAUCGACCGGCUCGUCUAAAGGAGCUUGGCGUGUUCGGAUGGCACCUGCGUUACCAGGUCAUGCAAAGCCCGACAAUCAAGGAGCAAUUCCGACAACAACGAGAGAAGAUGGGUCUUCCAGAGCCUCUGUCGUUUGAGGAGUGGAUUAAGACCAAGGAGGAGGAGAUUGAGGCAAAGGUUGAGGAGAGGCUCAACAUCAAGCCUAUCACAACGCCUCGUCCCAAGGGCCAGGCUGAUCCCCAGAAUGAUGCUCGGAAACUCGCGGCUGCGGAAGCGUUGCCCUGA